AUGGCUUCGAAGCGAAUCGUGGUCGCGGGAGGAAGCGGAUUCCUAGGCUCCAGGAUCUGCAAACACGCCGUCGCGAGGGGCUGGUCGGUAACGUCAUUAAGUCGAUCGGGUGAACCGCGGUGGGAUGUAGUCACCUCAUCUCCCGAGAAGCCAGGAUGGGCGAAUUCGGUCGAGUGGGCCAAGGCCGAUAUCCUGAAACCCAGCACGUACAAACCGUUCCUGAAAGAUGCGAGCGCCGUCGUACACACCAUGGGAAUCCUACUAGAGGCAGACUACAAAGGCGUCGUACAAGGGAGGGAAUCGAUCAUCAGUGGCUUACAGAGAGCGUUCAGCUCGUCUAGGCUCGGCAGCCAAAAUCCCUUGCAAAGGAAAGAGGGAGAGGCGCUCGAGCCAAAGGAGAAAGAUGGCCAAUUGACAUAUGAGAUCAUGAAUAGGGAUUCAGGUACGCCCCUGACAAAAAAAGGUCGCUGUGAAUCAUACACUCACAUUCAAUGA